CAAAACCCACUGACAGAAGUAGAAGCUUCGGCACUAAUUUGCUGAUUCUCUCAUUAUAAAAGAAAGCGCUGAAGAAAAAAAAACUCAUUCCCUCUCAGAACGACGAAUCACUGUUUCUUUUCCGAUCCUUAAUCCCUUCGUCACUCAAAUCCUAAUCUCUAGGGUUUUUACCACCACUUUUAGGGUUUCUCGUCACUCGCGUUUGUUUCGAACUUUCUUUCACUGGGUCGCGAACGUAGCAUAUGAUCUAUCUAAUUUAGAGUUCAAUUUCGGAAAUCUCCCGGUCGGAGUCGGAGAAAUCGUUAGGGCAAAAUGGAGAGAUUGAGAGAUGAGGUUAACCUCUGUGAAGUGAAGACGGUGAAUCUCGGCGAAGCUUGGGAGAAGUUUCAGUCUGAGGCUUCCGGUGUAGUGGUCUUGUCUCUUCAGUGGAGAGACUUGGAGGAUCAUUUGAGGUCGGUGAAGGGUAAGGUGGAGGAGAGGUUCGUUGAGUUGCAGAACAGAAGCUUUGAGAUUGAGGAGAGGGCUAGAGUGGUUGAAGCGUGGGAGGUGAAAGCUGAUGGCUUUAGGAGGGAGGUUGAAGUUAGAGAAGAGGAGUUGAGUGGUCUUAGGAUGAAGCAGAGGUUAAUGAAGGAAUCGUUGAGGGAGACUCAGGUUGAGAUUGAUUUGAAAGGUGGAGAGUUAGCACAGAUGGAGAGGCGACGUGUUGAGGCUGAAACUCGGAAGCGAGAAUUGGAUGAGGAGAUUAAGAGAAAGACAAGAGAUCUGACGUUAGUUCAGGACAAGGUUACUGAGUGUGGUAAGCUGCUUGAGACACGGUCCUUGGAACUGACAAAGACUCUGUGUGAGCUUGAUUUGAAGGUGGAACAGUUAGGACAUGUGAAGAGUGAGUUUACCGCAGAGAUGGAGCAUCUUGAGAGGGUUCAAACACGCAAUAGAGAAUUGGAAGAGGAUAUAGAGAGGAAGAGGAAAGAUCUUGCAGAGGUUCUUAAUAAAACUGCGGAAUGUGGGAAGCAGCUUGAGGCACGGUCCUUGGAACUUGUUUCUAAAGAGAAAAAGUUGCAAGAACUAAGUCUGGACCUUGACCUGAAGGAAGAUAUAGCCAUAUCACUAGACAACGAGAUGGAGUCAAAAGCCAAGGAGUUGGAGGGUAUUGAAAAGCUGAUUAAUGAACGGAGUGGACAUUGCGAAUCCAUCAAGCUGUUGAUUGAGGAAGUAACUGAAGAGCUUGCUUCUGAAGAGAAGAGACACGAUGAGAUGACAGAGGCUAGUCGUAAACUAUCUGUGGAGAUUGAAUCUAAAGAGGAUACAGUCACUGAGAGAAAUAAGCAAGCUGAGGAAGGAGAGAAGAAGAUACUAGACUUGAACAACACCAAUGAGGAACUUAUCAGACAAGUCAAGGUGAGACAAGAACAAGUUUCUUCAAUCAACGAGGCGAUAAGGGAAUGCAUAUGCGAGUUGGAAGCUAAGAGGAAACAACGUGAUGAGGUUCAAAGCUCAAUCACUGACCUUACCGUUGACCUGAAAUCAAAAGAAUCACAUCUUAGUUCUAUCGAGAAAAAGAUCCAGGAAAGCUUGAAAGACAUGCAAUCUACAGAGGAGCAACAAGUCAAGUUAAAAGCAUCACUGAUGGAACAUGAGCAAGGGCUUGAGCUUAGAGAAAAGGAGCUUAUUGCUCGGGAGGAAAAGGUUAAUGAACAAGAUCAGAAAGUGCAACUCGCAAUAGAAGAGUUGGCUAAAUGGGUUGAGGAUUAUGAGGUGAAAGCAAAACAACUUGUUGCUCUUACACCUCUGGAUAUGGACAGACCGACAGGGAACUCAAGGAAACGUGGGAGAUAUGAUGGUGAGUCACUGUCUCAGUCCUUAGAUCAUGUGCUAACCAGUUGCACAACCGGGCAAGAAAGCAAUUACAACUUCGAGAACCUGAGAUCUCCGGACAAGUUCAAGACUGAUCAAAUAUGGGCUGUUUAUAGCGAUAGUGACAAGGGGAUGCCAAGAAAGUAUGUUCAGAUCAAGAAAAUCGACACAAGCCCUGAGUUCAAUAUACAUGUAGCACUUCUAGUCCUGUAUCGCCCUCCUCCAAAUCUCACGACACAUCCUGUCUGCUGUGGCCGGUUCAAGUUGAAAAUCGGUAAAGCAGAAGUCCUUGAACCUAGCAGCUUCUCACAUAAGGUUAACGCCGUGAAGAGUAGUGUAAACAGAUACGAAGUAUACCCUGGAAAAGGUGAGGUAUGGGCUCUGUACAAGAACUGGAACACUACAUGCUCUGCUGAAACAGGAGAAGAACAUGAGAUUGUAGAAAUAGUGGAAACCAACGAGCAGAGCAUACAAGCAAUGCUUUUGACUGCUCAAGUGUUUAACAAGCUUCUCUACGGAAGGUGUCUCGAGUCAAAGACCGAUGUUGUAGACAUUCCAAAGACUGAAGUGAACAGAUUCUCGCAUCAGAUUCCAGCGUUUAGACGGGACAGAAGAGCGACUCGGUCUGGAGAUUGCGAAUGGUGGGAGCUUGACUCUAAAGCAGUUCUUGAUCUCAACUCAAAGAAGCCAUAAGUCUCUUUAUGUUUUGGUAAUCGCAUGAGCAGUGGAAUGUGAUGGUAAAACGGUAAUGUUUAGGAAGCAAUCGUAAAUUUUUAGCUGUUGGUAUAAAAAUCUUAAUGACUUUGUGGUUAUCUGUUUUGUAUGUAAACCAAAAAAAAAAAGAUUAACAGAGAAACAGAAAUGAAGGUUUGCCUGAACUAAUAA